AUGUCCACGUUCAGCCUCAUGACCUUCAACGCCCAGGCCUUUGAGAGCGCUCCCCCCGCCGCCGUCGCGCGCUUCAUCGACCAGACCACUGCCCGAGUCGGCCACCUCGACGUUAUCGCCGUCCAGGAGAACAUUCUGCUCGACGUGCUCUCCACCAGGUUUGGUUCCGUCGAUCGCUCCGCCGUCGUCGUCCAGUACAACGGCCUCAGCAUCGCUAACGUGCACCUCACCGGCGGCCGCUUUGACGACCGCGGCUUUGAGGCCUACGUCGACGCCAAGUCGCGCGAGAUUGAUAACAUUGUCUCCAAGUGGGACCCCGACCUCGUAGUCGGCGACUUCAACGCCGACACAACAGUGCACCAGGCGGACCGCGCAGGCCAGGCCCUCGUGUGCGGCUACACCAGCCUGCCACAAUCCACCAAGGCCACGUUCCGCUCCUACUACGGCGAUGUCCACACACGGCUCGAACAGUGGGGCUACCGGGCGUGCACCCCCACCGUACCACCGUACCAGACGUCCGUGUACGGUGGCAUGGUGGACUGGAUCUACCAGAGAGCAUCGAGGAUCCCCGAUGGCCCCCUGGUGACCCGCUGUGUUGAUGCGAUCGGCCCGCGGAUCAGCGAUCACAAUGCCGUUGUCGCCAUGUGGACACUAUAG